AGCAGAGAAGAGAAGAGAUCAAGAGGAUAGAGAGAAUAGAGAGAAUAGACAGAAGAAAGGAGAGAUAACAGAGUGUCUCCACGUGUACCAGAGAGCAUGGCGGCCCUUCAGGAAGCAGAGGUGCAGCUGGCUCAGAGACUGGCCUCUAAUGAGAAACCCAUCAGGAGCAAAGCCAUGAAGAAGCUGAGGAAGUACAUCAAUGUCAGGUCCCAGAAAGCAGCAGGAGGAUUUACAGGCGAUGAGCUGCUCAAACUGUGGAAGGGUUUGUUCUACUGUCUGUGGAUGCAGGACAAACCGCUGCUGCAGGAGGAGCUUUCAAAAGUGAUCUCCAGCCUGAUGCACAGCUUCCAAGGCAUCGACGCACAGUUGUUGUUCCUGGAGAGUUUCCUGCAGACCUUAAAGAGAGAGUGGACCGGCAUCGACAGACUGAGGAUGGACAAGUUCUUCCAGCUGGUUCGCUUCAUGUUCAGACAAACAUUUGAGAUGCUGAAGAGGAAAGACUGGGACAGCAGUCUGGUCGGCAGGUUUCUAGAGGUGCUGACGGCUCAGCUCCUGCAGAGCGACAGCGCGGCGCCCAGCGGGUUGCAGCUCCAUGUUCUCGACCUCUACAUGACUGAACUGGCUGCACUGGGAUCAGCUGAGCUCACUGCCGAUCAGAACCUGACAUUCAUCGAGCCGUUCUGCAAAACAGCAGCUAAAACAAAAGAUCGGACUCUCUUCAGAGCGAUCUGCAGCAACAUCUUCACCACCAUCAUCGACCAGGCUCCCUACGCCAUCCAAGACCUGAUGAAGGAGCUGCAGGCGGCCGGGGGCUCGGACUCGGGACAGGCCUCUGAGGAAGAGGAGGAGGAGGAAGAGCAACCGAAAGAGAAAAAGACCAGCGAACCUGUUGAUAAGAAAGGCAGCGGCAAGCAGAUGAAUGGUCGUAAAUCACAUAAAAAUGAUGAUGAUGAUGAUUUUGAUGAUGAUGAUGAUGAUGAUGACCUUCUUCACCUGGAGGAAUCAGACUCGGAGCUGCCGGAUGACGAAGACAUGGGACCAGUUCUUCAGUUCGAUUAUUCUGCUCUGGCUGACAAACUGUUCGGGUUGGCGAGCCGCAACAGCACACCGAGCCUCAACCGACAGAGACUCUACAAAAUCAUCAAAACGCUGCGGGACCUGAGUGAAGGCGUCUUUCCUCAGGAUGAGUAUCCAGACGAGGUCUCCACAGACGAGGACGACGACAUGUUCGGAAGCAGGAAGAGGAUGAAGAGGGGAGGAAGACACACGGGGGAGGAGGAUGAUGAUGGAGCCCCAGCAGCCAAGAAGAAAAAAGGAAAGAAAAAGGAGGCGUCGUCACUCAGCCAAAGCAAAGAUGGCAGCGAAACGGCAGACAUGACCUCAAACGACGACGACAAAAAGAAGAAGAAAAGGAAGAAGAAGAAGAAGAAGAAAGUAGCGGCGGCCGGACAGGCUGAAGGUGCAGCCGGUGAGGAGAAGUGUGAAGCUAAAGAAGGUUCAGAGACGCAAAACUCAGUCUCGUCGGUUAAAGUGACAGAAGCGGCGACACCGGAGGGCGAGUCAGAAACUCUGCUGCUGGUGGAGGUGAAGAAACAGCCGGCGGUGACGGUCACAGACGAGGACCAACCAGAGGUGGCGGAGGAGCAGCAGACUGAUGUUAUCCAGGCAGUAGAAGCUACAGCAGAGACGGAGGUGUCUUCUGAAGCUGAUGGUGCCGCCUCAGGGAAGAAGGAUGAGGAGGAGGAGGGGUUGAAAGCUGAGACUGAUGCAGAGUCACAGGUGAAUCCAGAAGAAGAGAUCACACCUGAGACUGAAGCCACGACCCCCGCCAAGAAGAAGAAGAAGAAGAAGAAGGAUGAGGAGGAGGGGCUGAAAGCUGAGACUGAGGCCGAGUCACAGGUGAGUCCAGAAGAAGAGAUCACACCUGAGACUGAAGCCACGACCCCCGCCAAGAAGAAGAAGAAGAAGAAGAAGGAUGAGGAGGAGGAGCUGAAAGCUGAGACUGAGGCCGAGUCACAGGUGAGUCCAGAAGAAGAGAUCACACCUGAGACUGAAGCCACGACCCCCGCCAAGAAGAAGAAGAAAGGCCAGAAGAAGAUGGAGGAAGCUGAGGUUGGAUCACAGGUUAGUCCAGAAGUAGAAGAAGAAGAAGCAUCACAAGAAACCGCCGCAACGCCGCUUAAAAAGAAGACGAAGAAGAAGCAGGCGAUCACGCAGGAGGAGGAAGUGGAUCAGAAGCCCGACGAUAUGACCGUCGAGUCUUCAGCCGCCGCAGAACAAAGCGCAGCAACACCACUGAAGAAGAAAAGGAAAAAGAAUCAAAAAGAAUCAACUGAAACCCCCGAGGUAACGCAAUCGACACCAGCGAAGAAGAAGAAGAAGAGUCGGACGCCAGCAGCAGCAGUAGAGGAGGUCGGCGGCGGCGACGAGGAGGAAACCAAAGCGGUCGCUUCCUCCGCGACACCAGCCAAGAAGAAGAAGAAGAAGAUCAUUCCCGUCACGUUUGAGUACGAGGACGACGAGGUCGAGGCGGCGAUCAACGGCCUCGCAGAAGAAGAAGCGGGUGUUGAGGAGCUGUCAACACCUCUGACCUCUAAAAAGACAAAAAAGAAGGCGAGGACUCCCUCAGGAUCAGACUUUGUCACCUUUCAGAGCAAAGCCGCCGUCCCGAAGCCGCUGUUCUGCAAGACUAAAAGAAGCCCCGGCACCCCUUCUGCCAAAAAGAAGAAGAGCCAAACUCCCAAAUCAGAGUCUAAGAAAGUGACCUUUGGCCUGAAGAAUAAUAAAACAGCUGAGUUUAGGAAGAAUGAUCGCAGCCUGCUGGUGAGUCCGGACGGGUCGUCACGAGUGCCCUUUGACCCCCAGCAGAAACCCAAGUGUGGGGUCUUAAAGUCUCCUCCCACGCUACGUUCCUCCAGUGUCAAAAAAACACCCAACAAGAAGAAGAGCUUGACGACUCCAAAGAGCACGCCGAAACGCAGAAUGACCGCGGCCGACUUCUUCUGAGAUCCCGCCCCCUUUGACGGACUGCAGAUGCAGACGUGAAGCUCUCUGAACUCUUUUGUAACAUACUGGUUUAAAACAUCCUGUUUUGGAGAGAUAUAAAGAAGUAUUUUUUAUGUUUAUCUGAUGCCAUUUGUCUCUUUGAGUGACAUUUUAAUAAAGUUACUCGAUUUCAGUUUU